GAGCCAGCCAAAGGCAAGUCCAAAACGAUACACUGUGUGUCACAUCAGAAAAGCAUCUGAAAUACAGAAGGAGCCAGCUGCUUUCACUGAGGUCGACUGUUGCCCAAAAGAUCAGCCAUGCAGAAUGCGACAGUUGAACCAAAUCUUGCAAAUGUGACCACGACUAGCCUUAGCAACGGAACUCACAACCACAAGGAACCCUACCUACAUAAACUAGCGCAUCUUGAUGAAGCACUAUACAAUGAUUACUACAGUCUGUGGCUCGCCUUAAUGAUAAUUAAUGUUAUCAUAUUUGUAGUUGGCAUUGUACUCAAUGGUGUUGCACUGUAUGUAUUUUGUUUUCGCACCAAGACUAAAACAACAUCUGUCAUCUACACCAUAAACCUAGUAAUCACAGAUUUGAUGGUGGGAUUCUCCUUGCCAACCAGGAUAAUAAUGUAUUACAGCGGUGGAGAAUGCCUGACGUGCUCUUUUGUGCACAUUUUCAGCUAUUUUGUGAACAUGUACUGCAGCAUUCUGUUCCUAACCUGCAUUUGUGUGGACAGGUACCUGGCUAUAGUCCAAAUGGAAGCUUCACGCAAGUGGAGGAACCCCCACUAUGCCAAAGGGAUUUGUGUUUUCAUCUGGCUCUUCGCCAUUAUCGUCACCUACUCUAUACUCACCACAGCAAUCAAGUAUGCCUCGUGUUGUCUGUCUAAGCUCUUUGCUCUGACAGUGUUUGAAUACUUUUUGCCUUUAGUGAUCAUCACGGCCUUCACAAUUAGGAUCAUGUGUGCCUUGGCCAAACCAAACCUUAUGCAGCAGAGUAGGGAGAGGCGCAUGAGAGCUGUCCAGCUUCUGGUCACUGUACUGGUUAUAUUCAUGAUCUGUUUCACGCCCUUUCAUGUCCGUCAGGUUGUGGUCUAUGCAAACCCUAAACUGCCCCUUCACAUCAGCCUAAUCGUAUAUCAUGUUACAGUGACCCUGAGUAGCCUCAACAGCUGUUUGGACCCAAUUGUCUACUGCUUUGUUACUAACAACUUCCAGUCCACCGUGAGGAACAUCUUUGUCAAGGCUGAGCCAGAACAAAACAGCGGAGAGGCAAUCAGUGUACACAAGAGCUCUAAGGUGUCCACAGCAAAGACGGUAGUUUCAAGCAUGAUGAUGAAUGGCCCUGCACUGGAUAUCGAACAAUGAACAGAACAUGGAACAUCUUGCAAAUAAAAUAUAAAGAUCAGGCCUUUCAUAUCUCAAGAUUUUGUCGUGACUGCUUUGUAUUACAUUUUGUGCCUUGAUGUUCAUCGUACAUCAUUUUAUGGAGUUAAGGUGAAAUUUACUCAAGGUAUCCUUUACCAGGAAAGAAUGGCAGGCCUGGUUUUCUUUGUUUGGGUUAUGUUCCAUUAGCUGUAAAACAAUAUGGUGUUGGCAGACAAAGGAAAGAGAAACAAAGUUUUAAUGUUUGGUUCAUUGGCUUAUAAUAAGGGAAAGAAACCCUUGGCCCUCAACCAAGUACAAUGGAAAAUCUUUGUUCUCCUUGCAAAAACAAAAAUGUGGUUUUCAGUGUUUAUAGGACUGUCUGCUCUACCUUUCCAUUCUUACAACUUCACUUCAGGUGAUGUGUGUAUGACUUGCCUGGAAAAUGUUGAAAAUAUUUUAUGAAACAUUCUCUAAUUUAUUAACUUCAAACAUACGCCUAAAAUUUUACAAAGUCAUGCAGAUAUAAAAUGACUGCUGGAGUUAUCCUUGGGUAGAUGGGAUGAUAACAUUAGCACAUUCAGACUUCCAUUUUCCCAGAAUUUCCCUUCUUCUAGCUCAGUGUAUUAGGCACAUAAAUUAAUGAAAGGGUUAGACUCUGUACCUAUCAAUAGAUCAUUUCAGUUUAAACUAAAAACAGACAGUGCUGGAAAAACUCAGCAGGUCUGGCAGCAUCUGUAGAGAGAGGAACAGAGCAUGUUUUUCUUUAUUCUUUCAUGGGAUAUGGGCGUCAAUGGC